CCUUGUGCAAAACAAAUUACUGGGAGUGAGAGUGCCUUCUUUCUUAUCACUCUUACAGAAUUUCAAUGUACCUAUUUUAAUUUUUCCAUCAAGGGGACACCCUCGUGCAAAAUAAAUGCGUUCUUUUUAUCACUCUAAAAAGGAAAGUUUAUUAGGCUCGAUGAAAAUUUACUCCAGUCGGGUCUGUUUAUUUAACUUUUUUAAAAUGGUUUUUUUUUUAAGAAUAAACUUUGAUAUGCUAGUAUAUAACUGUAAUUUUAUUUUCACUCGUGUUCAUAAUAUUUUGAUUUAUUAUUUGAAAAUAAAUUUUUGAGCGUACCUGAAUGGUCGCUUUCUAGUUUCUCUCUGCGCAUUGCUUCCCCAUGGAACUAGAGCUCCCAAUACACAUCGACCUCACUGAUCCCACCACCUCCACCGAAAGGGACGACCGUCGUUCUGACAUCCGGCGGAGAAUUUGCAGCAACGGCUGUGACAGACCAAUAAAUGUGUGCCUCUGCGACACCAUCCCUACCGAACCUAUCUUAACCUGCACACAAAUCGUUAUCCUGCAACACCCCCACGAGCGUCAUCACAAGCUCGCCACCGUCCCAGUUCUAGCCAAGUGCCUCCGCAACUGCCAAAUAGUAAUUGGCCGUCGGCUUCGCUGCGGCGACUCUCCUCUCCUCGAUUCUCUCUACAAUGCUGCCCUUGAAAACCCUAACAUACCGUUUCGAGCCAUCUAUCUCUUCCCAGGUACAGAUUCAUCAUCUUCAAUGGAAAUAAGUAAGUGGAGAUCUUCACUCAAUGAUCCUUACUUGAGCAACUACGUUUUGAUUGCUUUUGAUGGGACUUGGAAGCAUGCAAAGGAGAUGGUACAUGCAAGUCUACACUUUGUAUCUAAGUUUGCUUUUCGGGUUUGUUUAAACUAUGAUGUUGAUAUAGAUGGUGGGACAAUUUUUGAUUCAGAACUAAUUCUGAGGAAGGAACCAUUUAGUGGGUGUAUGAGUACAAUGGAAGCUAUUGCACGAACUUUGCAGGUUCUCGAGCCUAAUGGUGGGGAGAUUGAGGAUAGGUUGGUUGAGGUUUUAAGAGCUAUGGUGGGCUUUCAAGCUUAUUAUUUGAAGCCCAUGAAGCCAAGGCCGAAGUCAUUGAAGAAAGGCAAGGGGGUUGAAAUGAAGACUUAGAGCACUGAGCUGCAUGGUUAGUGAUUUGAAUUCAACAGGUGUCCAGUUUCUUUCAUAUAUUUUGGAUUUGACUUCGAUGUUAUAGUAAUAUCUUUUCAAUAGGUUUAUAUUCAGGAGUAGUGAUUCAUGCUCUUCCUUGGAUAAUUUUGUCUUACUACAUGCAUAAGUGACCAUACUUUGAUUCAUCAAAGAUGAAAUCUCUGAUUUUAGGGACGGAUUGUAUAAGACUGAAAAUACAUUUAUCGAUGGCUAUGGGUUUAUUAAUUCUUUUUACAA